UUUAUGAACAAUUUCCAAAAGAUAUUUUUCGUAAGGAGUAUCUAGAAGGCAUAAAGCAUAAAUUCGAAAACGAUUAAUUAUAAUUACUUAAUGUCAAAAUUUGUGACUAAAAGUCAUACCAGUAAUAUACCAAAAUUAUCACAAUGACGUACGAUGUUUCAUCCAUAUAUGAGCUUCUGGGAAAAUCGGCUGUAAUACACAUUUAUUCAUUUCCAAAUUUUGUGUUGGAAACGUUCCUGUGUCUGAUCGUAUGCCUCAUGUAUUUAGCCCUUCAUUAUGAAAUUAAUUUUGCAAACAAUAGCAAGAUAAACAUUGUAUCCAAUUUAGCAGAAAGUUACAGUCAGGACAGUUUAUCGACAAUGUUCACUCAGUACCGUUACAGGAACUCGCAUAGGAAAAAGGGCUCGGCAGAUUGGUCGCUCAACGCCAACCGGAUGAUGGGUGAUUAUGCAGGCGCCAUUAAAACAAUCCCCGAAGAAAGGAUGAGAUAUAUAGAUAAUCUGAUCACACUCACCCCCACGGAAUUCGUACAGGUUGAUAAGGAAAGGAGAUUGAGGGAUCGUGAGUUGAGCGGUUGUCUGAAAUCGCUGACGUCGCUCUGCGAAAGUGUUAUAAUGAAAAAGGAAUCGAGAGAUACAAUCAGGAAACAAAUCGAAAUGGCUAAACAACAUGCAGAAUACGUUAAAAAUUCUACAAAGAAUAUGCAUUUGGAUACCGCAUAUAUGACCAAAUCGUUUUUCGAUUUAAUGGAACAGUUGGUUACGAGGAGCAAUUUGGACAAUCCCGUCCCAUUUAAAGGGGAUUUUACAGCAGGUUUAGCUUUAGACGCGGGAAAAUUGGACCCAUUAGGAUCGGAUUCCGUGGGAGCGUUAAGAAGAACGUCAACUGACACAAGCAUUAAGUCCGAAGAUUUAGUAACGGAUGAAUUGCCGCAGGACACAAUCGAUGACGAGGACUUUAGCACCGCAGUCAAGAAACUCCCCCUUUCCGAAGAAUAUGGAGAUUAUAUUAUUAAUCACGAAAAUUAAUCAUUUUUGUUCUUUGUUCACAUAUAUACUUAUAACAAAUGAGUUUUAAAUUAUCUUUUGACAAAGUGAUCGACAAUUUGGUUUAAUAUUGCUUUCAAUAACUUUGGACAAUAUUUGACUUUUUGUAGUACUGUGUAAGUGGGUGGUGAAACUAUUGCUAAAAUUUAUUGUAAUCGUGAAUGUAUAAUUUUAUUUUAAGUAAUUGUUCGUAAAUUGGUGUAGUUAAAAAUGUAAUUUUCAUCAGAGGUGUUUCAAUAAAUCUCUUCUUUGAA